UAAUUGAUUAUCAUUCGGAGAAGACGAGUCCAGCACUAACGGGGUUCACCUGUGGAGGGUCUGUGAUUGGAGGGGCAUUGCGCGGCACUCCGCCCCCCCCCUCGGUGCGCCGCCCGCCUCCCCAAACCCAGAGCGCACACGGCUCCUCAGUACCUUCCUCUACCCCCAGCAUAACAUGAGCUCCCAUCUCUCCGAGCGGACGCACAACGAUACAGAUGGUUUCAUUACGGUAUCCCGCUUUACGCUGACCGAAACUGCUGUUGUUUAGGAAGAAUCUCCUUCCCCCCCCCUCCCCGUUACCGGUUGUGGUUCUUUUUUUUUUUUUUUUAUUUGGAUGCGCCAUGCAAUCUCGCUGGUGGAGUUGUGGCAUUCGGCUGGUGGCAUGGACGUGGGUUUGGAGUCUGGCUUUGCUCGGAGCGUGGUGCAUCCCAGCGAAUGAAGUGAACCUGCUGGAUUCUCGCUCUGUGAUGGGGGACCUAGGAUGGGUGGCCUACCCUAAGAAUGGGUGGGAAGAGAUCGGUGAAGUAGACGAGGACUACGCCCCCAUCCACACCUACCAGGUGUGCCGGGUCAUGGAGCAGAACCAAAACAACUGGCUCCACACCAACUGGAUCCUGACCGAGGGCGCCCAGCGGGUCUUCAUCGAGCUCAAGUUCACCCUGAGAGACUGCAACAGCCUGCCCGGCGGGGUGGGAACCUGCAAGGAGACGUUUAACAUGUAUUACUACGAAACAGACGGGGACGAGGAGGAAAUGGAGGAAGGAGAGAUGAGAGACGGAACGGGGAUGACGGAGGAGGAAGACAGGGCGAUGAAAGAAAGCAGGUACAUCAAAAUUGACACCAUAGCAGCCGAUGAGAGCUUCACGGAGCUGGACCUGGGGGACCGCGUGAUGAAGCUCAACACUGAAGUCCGCGAUUUAGGUCCUCUGACUCGGAAAGGCUUCUACCUGGCAUUUCAGGAUUUGGGCGCCUGCAUCGCUUUAGUCUCGGUGCGGGUUUUCUACAAACGCUGCCCGUUUCUAGUGAAGAGUCUGGCCGAGUUCCCCGACACCAUCCCGGGCUCAGAGGCCUCGCAGCUGGUGGAGGUAGUGGGCCGCUGCGUUAAUAACUCCCUGCCUUUAUACGAGCCCCCCAGGAUGCAUUGCAGCACCGAGGGAGAAUGGCUGGUGCCUAUCGGGAAGUGCGUAUGCCAGCCGGGGUUUGAGGAAAUCAACGGAUCCUGUAAAGUCUGCAAAGUGGGGUUUUACCGCUCGCUGCUGGAGUCUCUGGCGUGCAGUAAAUGUCCGCCUCACAGUGUGGCCAGGCAGACGGGAGCCACUUCUUGCAGCUGUGAGGACGGAUACUAUAAGAUUGACUCUGACCCUCCCAAUAUGGCCUGCACACGCCCUCCUUCUGCUCCACGUAACGCCAUAUCCAAUGUCAAUGAGACCAGCGUAUUCUUGGAGUGGUCUGUCCCCAUGGAGACAGGUGGCAGGAAGGAUGUGCGUUACAACAUCCUGUGCCGACAGGUCUUGCCAGACGGAAGGGGCUUAGAGGAAUGUGGCCCCAGCGUACGUUUUCUGCCACGCCGCGUCGGCCUGUCAAACACCUCGGUGAUGGUGGCCGACCUGCAGUCGCACACCAACUACAGCUUCCUGCUGGAGGCUGUCAACGGGGUGUCAGAGCUGGCCAAAGACCACGCGAAGCAGUACGUGUCACUUAAUGUGACAACCAAUCAGGCAGCCCCGUCCCCAGUGAGUGUGGUGAGGAAAGGUCACACAGAGAAGAGCAGCAUUGCCCUUUCCUGGGCAGAGCCUGAUCGUCCCAACGGUAUCAUCCUGGAGUACGAGAUCAAGUAUUUUGAAAAGGAGCAGGACUCCAGUUACACUAUCAUAAAAUCAAAGGAGACCGAGAUGGUGGUGGAGGGCCUGAAGCCCUCUUCAGUCUACAUCUUCCAGGUGCGAGCCAGGACCUCGGCAGGCUACGGCGCAUUUAGCCGGCGUUUUGAAUUCCAGACCAGCCCUUACUUAACUGCUACCAGUGAGCGUGCUCAGGCUUUGAUAGUAGCGGUGGCCAUCACACUGGCGCUGGUCCUACUGGCAGUGGUAGCUGGAUUCCUGCUCAGUGGACGGCGCUGCGGCUACAGCAAAGCAAAACAGGAUCCUGAAGAGGAGAAGAUGCACUUCCACAAUGGUCACAUUAAGUUCCCGGGGGUGCGCACCUACAUUGACCCCCUCACCUAUGAAGAUCCCAACCAGGCGGUGCAUGAAUUUGCCCAGGAGAUUGACGUCUCGUUCAUCUCCAUCGAGAGGAUCAUCGGCGCCGGGGAGUUUGGAGAGGUGUGCAGCGGACCACUGAGGCUGCCUGGGAAAAGAGAGAUCCAGGUUGCCAUUAAGACCUUGAAAGCAGGCUACACAGAGCAGCAGAGACGCGACUUCCUUUGGGAAGCAUCAAUCAUGGGCCAGUUUAACCAUCCCAACAUCAUCCGUCUGGAGGGCGUGGUCACCAAGAGCAAGCCAGUGAUGAUAAUCACUGAAUACAUGGAGAAUGGAUCACUGGACACAUUUCUCAAGAAGAAUGAUGGUCAGUUCACUGUAAUUCAGUUGGUUGGUAUGCUGCGUGGCAUCGCAUCAGGCAUGAGGUACCUGUCUGACAUGGGUUAUGUCCACCGUGAUCUAGCAGCUCGUAACAUCCUGGUCAACAGUAACCUUGUAUGUAAAGUGUCUGAUUUCGGCUUGUCCCGAGUCCUGGAGGAUGACCCGGAGGCUGCGUACACCACACGGGGCGGGAAGAUUCCCAUUCGCUGGACAGCUCCAGAGGCGAUCGCAUACAGGAAGUUCACAUCAGCCAGCGAUGUGUGGAGUUACGGGAUUGUCAUGUGGGAAGUGAUGUCAUAUGGAGAGAGGCCCUACUGGGAGAUGUCCAAUCAAGAUGUAAUAAAAGCAAUAGAGGAGAGCUAUAGGUUGCCGGGUCCUAUGGACUGCCCUGAGUCUCUGUACCACCUAAUGAUGGACUGCUGGCAGCGAGAACGCAGCAACCGCCCCAAGUUUGAUGAGAUUGUCUGUCUACUAGACAAACUCAUUCGCAACCCAAGCUCAUUAAAAAAGCUGGUCAACUCUUCACACAGGGUUUCCAACCUGUUAGUGGAGCAUGCCAGUGUGGAGGGGGACUGCAGCACCCGGACAAAGACUGUAGGGGAGUGGCUUGACUCCAUCAAGAUGGGUCGUUACACUGAGCUCUUCAUUGAAGGAGGUUACUCUUCGCUGGAGACAGUGGCUCAGAUGACAUCAGAGGAUUUGCGGAGAGUAGGCGUCAAUCUGGCCGGACAUCAGAAAAAAAUCAUCACAAGUAUUCAGGAGAUGAGAGUCCAUAUGAACAACACCAACUCUACUGUAAACAUCUGACGCAUUUUGUACAGGCACGCACACACCCACACGCACACCCACACUCACACUCACACGCACACAUAUACACAUGCACACAAUAUAUGGACCUAGUAUGUGACGAUUUACUGUUGGACCUAGAGCGGCUUAGCACUUUCUACGGACAAGGACACCGAGUGUUUAUGGAUCUGAGCUGGAGGAUCCACAUUUUUGUGGUUCUUGUGUGUGGAGUUCGGUUGUGGUGUCACUCGGGAUAUUUGACAUUGCAGCGCUAAAACCAAACUGAACUGAACUGAGUGGUGCUAGACGAAGGGAAGAUGGUGGUGAGAUAAAUCAACCGAACUGCAUUAAACCCAAGUGAAGACUUUUCAUUCUAAUUAUUCCAUUUGUGUGAAUCUUGGGGAUUCUGAUAUCUUGUGCACUGUUUGGAUUCUCUCAGAUCGGGCGUGAAACAUAGACUGCAGAUCUGGCUCUGAGAGCAACCAGCACUUUUUGGCUGUAUCACAAACACGGGAGUUUCAUGCAGCGGGCUCAAACUGAAAUUUUUCAGCCUGUCUCAGGAGAUCUGAGCCCAGCGGAUCUGAACAGGACUGGCUUAUUCUCUGGCAGUUUUCUCUGGAAGUACAGUUCCGUCAGGCGUCAUUGAAAUGAACACCACUCUCAGGCAGUGUAAACAUGUAAUAAUGGCUCAAGAGCAAAAUCUUUAGUUUCAAUUUUUGCUUUGCCAUGUUGAUGUGCUUAGGGCUUUGUUUUCCUGUCUCAGGCAGGUCUACAUGCCACAAGACUGGUGUAAUCCAGCUACACAACUCAUGGAAGGUCCAGACUCAUAUUCAGCACCAUAUACUUCAUUAGCCUUUCAAAGCAAUGCAAGACAAGAGUACAUAAUGCAACUUUCAUUGUAUAAUAAUUGGGUCUUGAGCCUAUAAGAAAAGAGUGAAAAGAUGCGAGGCUUUAGGCUCUGAGAUACUCUCUACAUCUGUUCUUCUGGCUGAAUGUAUAGCACUACAGAGAAUACAAUGCUCAGUCGCAGCAUCAAACUGUUAUAGUUUGAUAUGUAAAUGCUGUCAAAUAUGGAUAGAAUGUGGCAAUAGAACCAUUCUGCUCCUUAAAACCAGCUUCUGAAUGAAGCUGCAGAUUGUAUAAGAGUCUCAGCUGGUCUUUUUUUUUUUUUUUUUUCUGUAAAAUCUGUACAAAUCUCCACGAAGAUCUUGAUGAGUUCCUACAGAACUCACUCAGACCAUUCCUUCUUAUACUUGAUGUUUCACUUAUGUUUUCAUGGAAAUGUCGGUCCGAUUCUGAGGAACCUUCAUGUAGGUUCUAGCAACAUCGCAGAUCAGUCGCACAGCUUCACUGAGAGUCUAGCAGAACUGUUUACUGAGAUUCAACUGGAACCUUCUUUUCAGACAUUAUUGCAUCCUUCACCCAGAUACCGGAGAACCUUCAUUAAGAUUCCGAUGAACCUUCACCCAGGUUCUAACGGGCAACAUCGGACAUCUAUACUGAACAGUCACACAGGUUCCAAUGGAAAUAUCACAUCAUUUUCAAAGGCACAUUUAGCAGGAUUGAUGAAAUAUUCAAUCCGAUGGAAGUCCAAGAGAAUUCAGUCGAUCCUGGUGGAACCUUUUAAUGGAACUGCUACUUAGAUUCUCGUGGAAAGGAAUGGGACUAUUUACUGAUAUUCUAAUGGAACCUUCACUCAGAUUCUCCAGAAACCUCUACUAGGAUUCCAAUGCAGCCUUCACUCAAGAGUGCACUCAGAUCUUCAUGGAGCCUUCACUUAGAACCAAUAACCUUCAGGUACCGCAGAGAACCCUCAACAGUCUGUUCAGUUCACCAUGCUGCAGAGUCUGCCUGCCCCACACAUCUGCCACACCACAAUAAACCUCACUCUAACAGGACUGCUGAAAAUAAGGAGGCAAUAUUGAUCAACUUGAUAAUCAUUUAUUUAUUUAUACCUGUUUAAAGAAAUGAGCAAAAAUGAUGUAAACCGUUUGUGUUUCGUCAUAAUACUCUCUUGGACUACUGAGCAGCUCAGCCUACACGUCUUUCAUGUAUAUAAUGUAUUAUAUAUUUAAAGCAGGGAGCAUCGUUCUUCUGUCCACCAUCACGUGGACAGGUUGGUAUUGAUCAAGCAUCUCAGAGUAGUAUACAUUAGUAAAUAGUGACAAUUAUUCUAAAUCAGCAUUCCUGCUACUUGGACAUGGGCCACUGUCAGGUGGGGGCAACCAGCACAUCUGUCUCCAACUAAGAAGGCCCGAAUGGGUAUGCAGACAGAUCAAAUAUUCAUAUUAUGUUGUUGGUGAUUGUGUUUCAUUUCAAGUUUUGGUGAAGACCUAUACAUAUUUUCAGUGGGCCUCUCCAAAAGCAGGAGCAGUAUGCACAGGGAUUGAUAUAUGAACCUCUGGUGUAUGGUAUGGUUUAAAUUUAUACAAUGAUGUCAAUGAUCAAGCCCUUGCUUUACUUCUCUUUGGUAUGGUAUGUUAUACAUCACUACUCAGUGCUUUAUUGCUAAAACUUGACCCUUUUCACCAUUGUGUUCACCUAAAGCAGAAACUGAGUUCUGACAUUAGAUAUAUAUCCUCUUUUCAGAUGACAUGCUAAUAUUUUUCUUGGUUAUACACAGUGUACUGCUAGUGCUGUGGCGUUAAGAGCGGAAAUGAAAUGAGAUUGUAAAGUUAGUUUUAUAAGAGGUGGCAUCACCUGACUGUAUGAAAAGCAUAGAAAAGCACACAAGAAGAAUGUAAGGUUUUAAAGGGGUAUUUCACUAUUUUUAGAGAACAUGUUUGUCUUUUAAACACUCAGACCUCCCUCUGAGUUCAACUAGUAAGUAAGUGAAAGGCCUGGUUAUCUGCUGGUAGAAAGUCGUCUCACUUGGCGCUCAAGCUUUUCCCGCAUGGUGUCAAGAUCAAGAUCAUACUUCUUGACUGGUUUCAUAAAAGAAUGCGAGUGGGGAAUGGUCACAAUUGAUAUUCACCACAAGUAUGUGUUUUUAAAAGUCAAAGUGUUCUAACAGAGUGAAGAUUUGCUUGUCAGAUAAAUAUCUGCAUAGUCUCUUUAGUCUACAUUUAUCACUUUGCAGGCUCGGCUCAAGUAUUAAUAUGCUAUAUUGUAGAACAGUUGCCAUUUGGAACAUUCAAUCUGUGGUUUUGUACCUUUUUUUGAACCACAGCAUACUUUUUUUAUUGAAGCAGCUCUUAUUUUUGUCUGAAAAACUGCAACACAUUCUUUUGGCAGUAAAACAUGUAUAUAUGUGGACUAUUGUGGCUAUGCAGAUCUGUAAUUUUGGGGGGAAAUGCAUCAGUAAUAUGGUGCACUUUUUAUAGUAGACAAUAUAAGGCAUGUACAGCGAAAGUAAUUGGACUGGGUGCUUUUAAUUUACUACCCAGCAUGUUUUCAAUUAAAGUUUCCUCAGUCGUAUGAAUACCACAGGCAUUUGAUGAUGUUUCACAGUGUUUUGAUCCUUCCAAAAUUUCAUGUUAUUGGCUUUUUACAACCACUCUUUUCAGUUAAACUUUUAACUUAAAAAACUAUGCCUGGGGCAUGAACAAUUGGUGAAAAGUACACCCUUAUAAGUGCCUCUCAUCUUUUGAGCACCGUUAUUUCCUUCCCCGCCAAAAUGCUAUGCCCCUGUCGUGCCCCAACUUUCUACAGUAUGUAUUUACUUUUUGCCAACAAUAUCUACAGGCAAUAAGAAGAAUGUCAGACAAUGUGUAUGUUGGAACUAAUUUAAUUUGCACUUUAUGAGAAAUCUGUUGCCCUUUUGUUUGACUAAAAUGUCUAUAGAUGACUAACUUUUUAGCGUCAAAGUUUUUCUUAAUAAUUUACUAUAUACUUGCCAUAAUUAAUGUGUGCCCUGAUGCAGAUUAUAUCACUACAUUUUCUCAAUGCUUCCCAUGGUGUAAAAUUUGACAGUUAAGCACAAGGCAUUGGUAAUAUUUUUAAAAACAAAUCAAAGCUAUAUAUAUGGAAAACUAAAGCAUCACUGAUGUAGAGCACCAUUUCCUCGUGUACGGCACAACUAUACACCUUCAGAACGCAAGCACAGGGUUUUACAGGAAUCUUUUAGGACAGUGAGCAGAUGAUAAGAUUUUAUACAGGAGGUCAAUAGCACUAGCCCUCGAUGUCAACAAACUUCCGUCAGACAUUUUGUCUUGACAGUAUUUGUGGCGUUUCAGCAUUACCACUGAUGAGUAAAAAAAAAAAAUUAAAAACAGGUAUUGAUUUGUUUCACCUUUGAAAUGGCAUGAUUUUAUCCUGGCCAUGUCUUAUAAAGUAAUUCUCAUUUAGCAGGAAGAAACAAAGCACAGCAAACCAGCAAAGACUUGCAAAGAUUUAUUGAUGUGUUGUUACUCUACAAUGACUGUCAGCUGGAACUCCAUUAGCCAUGCAGUGAAGUGUGUAUGCAGGAACGGUUUUUGUAAAGUCAAAUUAAAAUACAUGACACAUUUGGUGUAACAUUUGAACCAACAACUUUGUUCUUUGAAAUGGAUUUUCAGAAGAAGGGAAUCUCAUUCAUUUACACCAAUAUACACAGAGAGUUCUUGCGUAUUACAUUGGGGUUUGUUGAAAUUGGCUCCAUCAAAGCACUGCAUAAAUCGUUGGUUUGACUGAAUUCUAGUAAAUGUACAAAAGCAAUACCCGAUACCUGAUAUUUUGGUUUGAAGACACUUAAUCGUGAUGAAAAACAUGUUUUUGGUGUCUUUGAAAAACUCCAGGAAUAAAGCAGAGAAGUGGGCGGGGUUAUAUGUUGGGCCAGGGUUCAAUAGCAACAGUCCUAAUGUUUUCUUUAGUCAGUGAUAAUAAUUUUAACUAGCAGUCUGAGAAUUUCAGAUACUUAGAUCAUAUGGUUUUUUUGGUUUUUUUUUUGUCAGUUGAAUCAUCAGCUCAAAGAGCAAAUGUGCAGAUAAAGAUAAUGUUACAAGACUUUCUACAUCCACAGUCUUGUUCCUGGUUGCCCCAGGAUGUUUGGAAUACGUUUGAACUGAUCUUUAGCCGACAUCUUCAUCAUAACAAUGAGGUGUGUGGGAAUUGUAAUAUUGUGUGCCAUUUGACAAAUCACAUUGAGGCAAAUAAACCCUUUUUGUAAAAAGUAAACUUUCAAAUGCAAAUUUGCAAUGGGAAAGAUACUUCUGUUACCAAUGGCUCCGCCCACUUUGCAACUGCAUAGUUAACUUCUCAGGAAGUGGAAAAUAGGUACAUUCAUUGGGACAUGACACAUGUGGUCUUAGGGAAAAAAACAUGCAGUUUUCACUCAAAGUGUCAACAUACAAAAGCAGGUAUGCAGUUAUUAGGUUUUCCCCAUGUCAAAGACGAUGAUCAUUUUAUCGGUAACUCACACAUAAGGUUUUAAACAAUUGAAUAACUGUUUUGUGAUUCAUUGAAAGCACAGUAAAAAUACUUAGCUAUUGAUGUGCUAUUGGUUUGUCUUUGAGACUGUCAUGUAUUAUGUUUGUGUUGAUGUUUUUGUAGUGUGUUAUCAAAUUCUAUAUUUUUGCAAUAAAACUUUUAAAAAAUCAA